UAAUCAUGGAAACGGCACCCACCUACCCACCCACCCAACCACACUUUUUUUUUUUGUUUUUACCGCUGCAGUGUCUGUUUUACAGUAGCCUGUUUUUGAUCUAUAUGUGCGUUCUGGGCACUGGUUUCAGCCUACUGCUGAAAUUCAAUUUAAUGGGAACCUUCUGGGAACCUGUUGAGAUCCCGGCAUAAACUUUCAAUCAGCGAAUAUUUUAAACAAAGCACUGAAGUAUGAGAACACUUUCAGUGGCUGUAGCUUCAACUCGAAUUCCCGAACUUUUCGAUAUACCUUGCGAUGUGAUUGAAACCAAAGCGGCUACAUCGUGAAUAGGCUAUAGGCUAUAAGUGGGAACAAUGAUCUACAAUGAUUUACAAUAACAGAGAGCCCUGUGUCUGAAACGCCGACGUGGUGAACCAGCUUGCUGCAGCAAAUUGUCGGGACAGGUCGCCAUACUCUUCCAAACGAGGAUGUAUCAAGAAUUUUCUUUCUACUGGUCUGCUGUAUCGUGCUGGCUCCUCGUCGAAUUCACCGCUGCCUUUGAGGUCACAACCCCCCAGUCGGAGGUGGUGGCAGUGCACGGGCGGCCUGCGGUUCUGGGGUGCAGGUACACCCCGAGCCAAAGCCAGAUCCUAGAUGGCCUGGUGGUGACGUGGCAGACAGUGGUCGGCUUGCAGGUGGUGCACAGCUUCUACUAUGGAAAGGAUCAGCUCGAGCGACAGAGGCCCAGCUACAGGAACCGCACCGCGCUCUUCCACUCCGAGCUCCCGAUUGGGAACGCCUCUCUCAGGCUGGUGGACGUGCGCCCCGAGGAUGCGGGACGCUACCUGUGCUCUGUCAGCAGUCUGCAGGGGACAGGCAAGGUGGAGGUACAACUAAAAUUUGCAGCCUUCUAUACAGAGCCCAGGCUCACGGUACAAGUCCAUCCUACCAAUGUCAGUUUCUGGUACGAGAGUGAGGGGUACCCAGAACCAGAGGUCCGAUGGGUCGAUCCUACAGGCCAGAACCUGUCCCAUCACACUGAGGUCUCCCCUUCAGAGGGAGAUGAUGGGCUCUUCUCCCUAAGAACUCGCCUCGAUUUGGACCACAGCUUGGGAGUAAAUUACACCUUCACUCUGAAGAACCAGCUCAUUAACCAAGUCAUUGAGAGGCCAUUGGUUUUCAGCCACGUUGGCUCUGGACACCACUCCAAAUGCCCUCGAGACAGACUGACUAUCCUGGGUCCUGUUUUCUGCGCUGUCUUUCUCUGGAUAUGCACAGCAGUCUUGUUAAAGCGCCACUGGUCCAAGUCGUGAUUUAAUCAUCAGAUCAGUUUCAAAUGUAAACGCUGAAUUUUAGCUGCAGUUUCCUCGCCCCUCAGUAGCACUGCGUGGCCAGUUAUCUCAGCUUGACUUUUAGUGUUGUAACUCAUUAACAUAAAUGCAGCAGAAAGCCCCCUAUGAGGUUGUGCGGUCACCAAAUCUUUCCUGAACACCUUUGCAAUUCUCCCCUCAAUCACCAUUGCACCUGGAAGCUCUACUAAUCUCUGUGAACCUCUACUAUGUUUUCAAAUCCCAUGCGCUGACUGUGGAAGUCACUCAUGUGGUCCGCUCACACCGGUCUUAAAUUCAGCUUAUGUCAGGGAGAGUAGAGCAUCAGUAGUGUAUCCGGUCCAUAACCUGGCACUGCAAGAGAAUGGCAGCUACAGAAAAGAGGGGUGAAAAGGCAAAAGACAGAGUGAUACCAUGCCAGCAUUCUAGGGAGCAGUGAGUCAAGCCACGGAUCCACGGUCAUUCUCUCGAGAUGUAAGAAGAGGAAACCCGCAACCUUAACUGCUAUUUAUUAUCAUUUGUGCCACAUUGUUAUAUGCUGUUGGAGAUUAUGUGUUGAAGUUCAUAU